AUGAGGAUGAAACUAUCGACCAGUAUGAACGAGUUGCAGAACACAGCGAGGACUCUUGAAGCUGUAAGGCGACAGUCCAAAAGCAUGAGCAGCGAAUCGGCUAAUGUCCACGGAAUUAGCAGAAAACCAGCCCAUAUUCAAAGCAAAGGAAGAGGAAAGAGAGACCAACAGUUUAAGCCGAAGGAGAGGAAAGAAGAACAAAAAUCUGGCGUGACUUACUGGCGUUAUCGAUGUGGGAGAGAAGGUCAUUUCGCGAGAAACCCCAACUGUCCCGCUAUGAAUAAGACAUGUAACAACUGUAAACAAACUGGACAUUUUGCAAGUGUUUUCAAAACAAAGAAAGUUCAAGACAAAGGCAAAGUUAACUUCGUUGAAUCGGAUGAGGAGGAGGAUGCGUUUAGUGCGAAGUCAAAGCAUGAAUUUGAGAAAGUUGAGGUGACUGUUGGAGGUCAAAAGAUUCUAAUGAUUGCUGACUCCGGUUCAAGCGCAAACAUAAUUGAAGGAGAUGAAGAUUGA